CAACGCACAAUCACGCCGUCAUUCCACUCCCGUUCACCUUUUCUCCGCUUCUCUCUGCGCUUCAGGUGCGCGUUUAACCUUCGAAAUCAGAGCUCUUUUAAUCAAUACAGUACAUACGUUCGUCUUUUCGUAAGUAACGUCGAGCUUAACUGCUUCACAUUUGAACUACUAUACUCCAGGAAGCUAUCCACUUCCCACUUAUUCUCUUAAACUCCCUUUACUCAGAAGACAACUGCCUUUUGUCACUCUUUCAUUUUCAUUCUCUCGAUUUUCAACAACGAAACCCUUUCAUAAAGAAUGCCUUCACUCGCACUCGCCGCCGGUAUCGUGGCUUCGGCUCUUGUAGCCAUUCGACCUGUUGCAGGUCAUUGUAAACUUGUUCGAACUGCUGCUAAACUUUCGCCCGAUGGAGUCUUUGACCAAACACAGAGCUGGGGUUUCGGAGUGGCAAAGGACAAUGAAUUCCCCUGGUUCAAGUCUCAAGGUCUUGAUGCCGGAGCCGAUGCCCCCUAUUUCUCUAAAAAGAUCGAAUGGGUCGAAAACCCCGAAUAUCCUUGUGGUAUGAAUGAACAAUGGGGUCCUCUUAACAUUCCAGCAUGGCUAACUCAGUCGGAAGCCUCUGGUGUUGCAACUAUUGGUGAGGAUGGCAAAUUUGAGACGGAGAUCUUUCAAGUGAACCGUGAUGGUGGUGGAGAAUGUACAUGUGAAUAUGACACAGAUGCCAAAGCUACAAACUGGCAGAAGUGUAAGACGCUCAAGAACCCACCUGGUAUCGAUGGCAUGUGGCCGGUAGAUCGUGUUAAUCACACUGCAAUUUUCCAACUCCCACCCGGUACCAGCUGUGGGGGAGGAUUGUUUGAAGACAAGUGCAUCGUCCGUAUCAGAUGUGGUUGGAAACUUCGUUUUGGAGGCUGUCUCGCGCUCAAGACAGCUUCAAGUCCGGCACCCUUGGCCCUCCAAGUGGUCUCACACGGUGGACAAGCAAUUGCCAAUCCUUCCAAUGGCAUACUCGCCGAUUCUGAUUUCAAGGCUAUGGCUCAACAAGUCUUUGAUGCAAUGAAGGCCAAGGGUAUGCUUAUGAACAAGUCCGCCGGAUACACAAAAACACACAAACGCAAAUGCAACGAAGGAUUAGACGAGCAUGAAACCCCGUCGUUGAUGAAACGAGCAGACAGCAUGUCUGCACAAGUCGACAGUCACAAAUCAACCAUUGCUGCCAACGUCGUCCUCUUGAUGAAGAGUAACAAUAUGGUCCUUGCUUAGUGAACCAUGAUUGGUCAAGCUAUGUCACUGCUAUGACAUUUGGCAAGAUCUGACAAAUUUCAACGUGUUCUCUAUUGGAAAUACUGCUAUAGUCUUUUCUUGGAUAGAGACUGAGACCCUUGUAACCAAUUUAGUUAGAACGAUAUUUCCUCCUCCCAACUCUCUUAUUUAGUCCAGGUCUCUUUUCAAUUUUCCCCCUUCACAUUUCAUCAUCAGCUGUUCCUAGGUGCAUCAGAUUAUAUCCGAAGAUGUGCUUUCUGUGUUCUAGUUAUCUUGUCCUUUUCAUCAUUUAUCAGUGACUCUACGCAAUCUCAGUACUUUAACUUUAAAUUUUACUUGUUUUCUUUUCGAAACACUUCACUUCCCAAUUUUUUUUGAAUUAAUUUUUUUGUUCUUUCAAUUAUCUUUGAUUUGAUGCAUUAGUCAUCCUAUGCGCUGGAUCGGAAGCAAUUAAAGAAGGUGUUUUAAAUUUGAUGUAUGCAGCCUGGAAGCAUAACCUC